CUGCUGCUGCUGCCGCCGCCGCCGCUGCUGCCGCCGCCGCUACUGCUGCUGGCAGAGCUGCUGGGAGUGAGCUGAGCAUCCCCCGUCCGGGAUACCCAGCUCGGGCGGCAGCUCCCGCGCCCUGGCCCGACACGGACCUGCCAGCCCCGGGGAACAAAAGCGGAGCCCGGUCGCCCUCUCCUGCAGCCAGAGGAUGAGUCGAGAGGGCUGAGCGGAGAGUGUGGUCCUCAGCGGCUGGAAGCUCCUGUUCUCAAUCUUCACAUUAGAGAGUACCAAACUCUUGGGGAAUUUGUAGACCAGUAAAACAGCCGACUGAAGGAACAACAACAAAACAGUGGAGAAGGACAUAGAGUUAUCUACAUUUAUUUACCCAGCUACGUCCUUGGCUUUUCUCGAUGACGAUUCCUGACUUGUGGCCCCGGAAAUCUUGGCAAAACAUCAUCCAGUCUCUGCAGUCCAGACCUUGGGUCCUCCUUUUCCCCAGCGUCACCCCCACUCAGCUGACCAAACCACUUUCUAGGACACAUCCUUCAGCAAGACAUGGUGGUGAACCCUGGCUCUAAAUCUUCAUGAUUGAGGGACUCUUUGACACAACACAAAGCACGCGGAAGGAGUGAAUGAAAUGUGCAGCUCGGGGCAUUGUUUCUGAAGGGAGGAGUCAUUCUCUUGGAGAGGAAUCCUCCAUGAGCCUGGCCGAGGCCCGGGAUCUGUGUGAAGUGGACUAAGGAUUUAGUAGGAUGUCAACUGAGACAGAACUUCAAGUAGCUGUGAAAACCAGCGCCAAGAAAGACUCCAGAAAGAAAGGUCAGGAUCGCAGUGAAGCCACUUUGAUAAAGAGGUUUAAAGGUGAAGGGGUCCGGUACAAGGCCAAACUGAUCGGGAUUGAUGAGGUUUCUGCAGCUCGGGGAGACAAGUUAUGUCAAGAUUCCAUGAUGAAACUCAAGGGCGUUGUUGCUGGCGCACGUUCCAAAGGAGAACACAAACAGAAAAUCUUUUUAACCAUCUCCUUUGGAGGUAUCAAAAUCUUUGAUGAGAAGACAGGGGCCCUUCAGCAUCAUCAUGCUGUUCAUGAAAUUUCCUACAUUGCAAAGGACAUCACAGACCACCGGGCCUUUGGAUACGUUUGUGGGAAGGAAGGGAAUCACAGAUUUGUCGCCAUAAAAACAGCCCAGGCGGCUGAACCUGUUAUUCUGGACUUGAGAGAUCUCUUUCAACUGAUUUACGAAUUGAAGCAACGAGAAGAAUUGGAAAAAAAGGCACAAAAGGAUAAGCAGUGUGAACAAGCUGUGUAUCAGACAAUUUUGGAAGAGGAUGUUGAAGAUCCUGUAUACCAGUACAUUGUGUUUGAGGCUGGACACGAGCCAAUCCGUGAUCCCGAAACGGAAGAAAACAUUUAUCAGGUUCCCACCAGCCAAAAGAAGGAAGGUGUUUAUGAUGUGCCAAAAAGUCAACCUGUAAGUAAUGGCCAUCCAUUCGAGGAUUUUGAAGAACGGUUUGCUGCGGCCACCCCGAACAGAAACCUGCCGACCGACUUUGAUGAGAUUUUAGAGGCAACAAAGGCUGUGACCCAACUAGAACUUUUUGGGGACAUGUCCACCCCUCCUGAUAUAACCUCUCCCCCUACUCCUGCAACUCCAGGUGAUGCCUUUAUCCCGUCUUCAUCUCAGACACUCCCGGCGAGUGCAGACAUGUUUAGUUCUGUACCUUUCGGCACUGCUGCUGUACCCUCAGGUUAUGUUGCAAUGGGCGCUGUCCUCCCAUCCUUCUGGGGCCAGCAGCCCCUCGUCCAACAGCAGAUCGCCAUGGGUGCUCAGCCACCAGUCGCUCAGGUGAUGCCGGGGGCUCAGCCCAUCGCAUGGGGCCAGCCGGGUCUCUUCCCUGCCACUCAGCAGCCCUGGCCAGCUGUGGCCGGGCAGUUUCCGCCAGCCGCCUUCAUGCCCGCACAAACUGUUAUGCCUUUGCCAGCCGCCAUGUUCCAAGGUCCCCUCACCCCGCUUGCGACUGUCCCAACCACGGGUGACUCCACCAGGUCAAGUCCACAGACCGAGAAGCCCAGGCAGAAAAUGGGGAAAGAGAUGUUUAAGGAUUUCCAGAUGGCCCAGCCUCCACCCGUGCCCUCCCGCAAACCCGACCAACCCUCCCUCACCUGUACCUCAGAGGCCUUCUCCAGUUACUUCAACAAAGUCGGGGUGGCACAGGAUACAGAUGACUGUGACGACUUUGACAUCUCCCAGUUGAAUUUGACCCCCGUGACUUCUACCACGCCAUCAACCAACUCACCUCCAACCCCAGCCCCUAGACAGAGCUCUCCGUCCAAAUCAUCUGCAUCCCACGCCAGCGAUCCUACCACAGACGACAUCUUCGAGGAGGGCUUUGAAAGUCCCAGCAAAAGCGAAGAGCAAGAAGCUCCUGAUGGAUCACAGGCCUCAUCCAACAGUGAUCCAUUUGGGGAGCCCAGUGGGGAGCCCAGUGGUGAUAAUAUAAGUCCACAGGCCAGUAGCUAGAUAGCACAGGUCUGGGAGCUGGAGCCUCUCUAUGCGCAGAUCAACAGACCUAAGAAAUAGCAUCGAUGUGGGCUUAUGGCAGGUGCUUCAAGACUGGCAUGGAAAUCGGCAUCGUGACAGGCUCUCUUGUAUUCUUUCACCUCACCUCAUCCCAUGAAGAAAUUCACGACUGCCCAACAGAACUCAUUUGGAAGAGGGAACUAGGAAUUCAUGGCAACAAUGGCAGAUAACUAUGGCAGCACAAGAGGAAAAAAAACACACAAAAGUAUAAAAAAUCAUACCCAACGUUAAAUCACAAAUCAAGCCAAUGCUUACCUGACAAAUAUUCUGAGCUCUCUCAGCAUGGGUUUAAGAUGACCCAGUACGCAAAAUCAUAAUUCUCUUUUUAUUUCUCAACCUGUUGGCCACUGUAAAGACAUCAAAUGUGGAGUUACAGGCCUCAGAGAGUGACAGCAGGGUUGGCACUGACUUCUUUUAGACAUGAGCAAGAUGUCCUCGUGACAACAGUAUCGUCAUCCCUUUGCCUUUUGACGUAUGAUGAUGUAUUUUCAUCACUCCACAGGGCCUGGUCUGCCAUUCUGUCCCCUUUCCUUGGUCAUGUUUAAAAAUUAAUGGGUGUAAAGAUUUUUGUAUCGCUUCUGACUUUUUUUAGAUAUGGGUGAGGAAAUCUAACUGGAAAAGAAAAGCCUCAUAUGAAAGGAAUUCACUUGAAAAUCACAAGACAGAUAAGUGGUUGAUUAUGAUCAAGAAUGUUGCCAAAACACCCCUUUAGUUCUUCUGCACUCUGGUGAAGACAGACGGCUUUCGGUUCGAAUCUUCAUUCUGCGAGUAGGAAAGGACAUCGGAAUCCCAUUGAUGAGAAAGACGAAAAAAUGCAUCUGGUUUUCUAAGAAGCUCUAAACUCUUAAGUACAAUAAAAUGAUAUUUUUUAUUUUUCCGAUAUCUUGCUGCUGUGAUGCUAUGCAGACAAGUGUCUUCUCCACGUGCCAUUUUCAAAGAAAAGUCAUUUGCCAAAUAAUUCUGGUACAGUCCUGGUUAUGCGGUUUUGGAUCUUAAAACCGACUUUCUAAUGGAACAAUGGUGACACGAAUAUUCGGAAUAACAAACUGAUUCCAGGAUCACAACUGUUCAUCGCUAUCUCUUUUUGUACAUCAGAAAAUUCAAAUGGGAUUUUUAUUUUAUAACUUGAAAAAAAAAAAAAACCUUACCAUUAAACUCUUUAAAUAUUUAAGGGAAAUGGCUUUAAGGAGUUCUAAUGAAAAAAAAUGCCAGUUUUUUUUUCUUUGUAAAUAUAAAUGUUAAUGAAAAUGCUUUUUAAUAAUGCCAUUACACUGUAGAGAAGGUAGCAGAUUGAGUGCAGGAUGUGACAAACUUGAUGGAUGGGGCUCCCUCUCCAGAUGUUAUGUGGAGCAGAUGGGGGAAAGCUGGAGUUCAGGGACAGCUGGCAGAGCAGUUGGCCAAUCCAUAGCUAGUGAGCAAGAAGGGAGCACGUGACCCCACCGUCUACUCCAGCCCUUCCACAAGAACACCCGCCCUCGGUGGAGAACACAAGACAAUGCUCACAUUUUGAAGGCCUGUCCUUUAGAUUCUGAAACUCCCUCCCAUCUCUUCACGCCCACCGACCCCCAUAGCGAUCAUUGAACUGUUUGUAUGUGAAACAGAAGAGUUUAAGCUUCCUUUUUUUUACAUUGAUGAGACAAAAAGUACAGUGUUCAGUUCAUACAUUUAGCACAUGAUUUUCAUAAAGAAUCUCUCUAUUUUUGCCCUACAGAGAAUUGUCUACAGGUCAAGUGUGUUUUCCCGAUGUUCCUAUGCAGUUCCCGUAUGUUGAAUUUAGUGGUUUAACACUAAGGAGAAAACUUUAGAGGACCAUGCGGUUAACUGGAUUUGGGGUUAACUAUCAUUACUUGGUUUUAAACCUUGGGAAGUAGAAUUGGCAUUGAUAUGAUUGACUUCAGUACCUGUGUAUCUUGGUUCUUCAUAUGAACAGAAACAAAAGUGAUUUGAAAGAAGGUAAUACUUGGCUCACAAAGAGAAAAUCGAAAAUCAAGGUAAUUGUCACUGCUCAAGGCCCAAAUUUUACACUGACAGAUGGCUGGAACGUAAUUUUUUCCCACUUAGGUAAACUGACCAAAUGUCCGUACAGAAUAUAUGUCAACGUCAUCCUAAUGUGGAAGGUCCAAAGAACCAGAAAAGCGAAAAGGGCCGUUUACCCCCCUCCCCCCAUAACUGUCACCUAUCGGUCCACAUGAUUUCUCCAGGAAUGCACGUCCAUUUUAUAAUUAAAUAAUCCUUUCACACAAAGGGGAAAAUGGGAAAGGUCUGGUAACCAUGAGAGUCGUCUUAAAACCGGUUCAAUCCUGUUUCCUGGGGAUUUGAUACACUAGGCAGUUCCCAUGGGGGAAAUGGCUUCAAUUGCUCCGUUGUCCAUGAUUCUGAUUCUAACAAGUGGUGCUAUAUCUUCUCCCUCAAUAUGGCUGUCUUGACUUUGUCCUGAAGCACGACGCCAUUACACUGAUGCUUUGGGCUGCCUGUGACACGUUCAAAGUGAACGCCAGCCUGGCCAGUGUUGCUGUUUCAGUUACACCUUCUGGAGUUCAUUCCAUAGCAGGGAGUGACAGCCCAGUGGACCUGUCAUCAUUCACUGAAUGUGACCCAAAGUGUAACUGGCUCUGAACUUAACAAAGAGGCCCAUGUGAUGCAUUGCAGUGAGGGAAAUAAGGUCAAGAUUUUAAACUGCCAUCCACGUUGUCAUUGGCAGAAUUCUGUUUUUUAACAAGCACUGGUUGGUGAGCUCAGAACCACCAUAUCCUAUCCCAAGAGUACAGUGGAAUUUCCAAAUAAGAGCUGAGGAGCCAAAACCAAAAGGCCCUGGAGAGUCUGCCCAGUUCCGGUUAGACCGAUAGAAAAUCCAUGUGUACAACUGUUAAUUCCUCAUCCUUCACUAGCACUAAAUUUGUCACUUUAAAUUUUGAAACCAGGGAAACGCCACCUGUCCUUCUGUCCCCAUGCCCCGUAGCUCUACAAUCUUUCCAUGCCGCAAGACUUUUUUUAUAAUUCGUCCUCAUCCCAGUGUCUCCUGAAACCCCAUCCUGUCAUGUACCGGGCACCUUCUUUUAAAAAAAAAAAAAAAAUGUUUACUCUGUGGGUUUGGUUUAUUUCAAUUUCUGCGUUCUGACACAUAUUUUUUUAAUAAAGAUGAGAAAGAGAAAGUGACUGUUUCAGUACAUUUCUAGACCUACUUUAACUUUACCUCAGAUGACAGUUUGUUAACAUAUAUGGACACAUUAUUUUUAACUUUAUGUACAAUACAUUCAGCAACAGUGAAAUUUUUAGAAAUUUUCCAUUAAUUUCUGUAACACGCCAUGUAUAACUGUUAACAAAUAAACAUGUUUGAGAACAACA